AUGGUAAUUCAGGAAUACGCACCGUCGCCCUCGCUUCCCCCAUUUCCCCGUCGCCAUUGCCCUCCCAUCGCCCUUACCCCACUCCCCUCCCGUCGCUUCCUCGUCAACGUCGUCGUGCCCCAUUCCGACGCUUCGUUCACCACUCCGCGACCACCCACUUUCUCCGUUGUCGUGUCCCCACCACUCCCCACUAUCCUGACAGGGGCGCCCACGUUUCCUCACUCGGGAAGCCCGUGCACACGCCCACGUUCCUCCUCCCCGCGCGCGCUCCUCUCGCCUCCCCGCGCGGCAUCCUCUCGCCACCCCGCGCGGUCUCCUCUCGCCUCCCGCGCGGCAUCCUCUCGCCGCCCCGCGCGCGCUCCUCUUGCCUCCCCGCGCGGCCUCCUCUCACCAUCCCUAGCGUGCUCCUCUCGCCUCCCCUCGCGUGAUCCUCUCGCCUUUAUAGCACGAGAUUUCGUUGCCUCCCCGCGUGGCCUCCUCUCACCAUCCCGCGCGUGCUCCUCUCGCCUCCCCUCGCGUGCUCCUCUCACCUUUAUAGCGCGCGCUUCUCUUGCCUCCCCGCGCGGCCUCCUCUCACCUCCCCGCGCGUCUUCCUCUCGCCGCCCCACGCGUGCUUCUCUCACCUCCCCGCGCGUGCUCCUCUCGCCUCCCCGCGCGUGCUCCUCUCUCCUCACCUUGCGUGCUCCUCUCGCCUCCCCGCGCGUGCUCCUCUCUCCUCACCUUGCGUGCUCGUUUCGCCUCCCCGCGCGUGCUCCUCUCUCCUCACCUUGCGUGCUCCUCUCGCCUCCCCGCGCGUGCUCCUCUCUCCUCACCUUGCGUGCUCCUCUCGCCUCCCCGCGCGUGCUCCUCUCUCCUCACCUUGCGUGCUCCACCUUGCGUGCUCCUUUCGCCUCCCCGCGCGUGCUCCUCUCUCCUCACCUUGCGUGCUCCUUUCGCCUCCCCGCGCGUGCUCCUCUCUCCUCACCUUGCGUGCUCCUCUCGCCUCCCCGCGCGUGCUCCUCUCUCCUCACCUUGCGUGCUCCUCUCGCCUCCCCGCGCGUGCUCCUUUCUCCUCACCUUGCGUGCUCCUCUCGCCUCCCCGCGCGUGCUCCUUUCUCCUCACCUUGCGUGCUCCUCUCGCCUCCCCGCACGUGCUCCUCUCUCCUCACCUUGCGUGCUCCCUUCCUCUCAUCCGCCCUUCCUCUCAUCCUCCCUUCCUCUCAUCCUCCAUUCAUCUCAUCAUCCUUUCCUCUCAUCCUCCUUUCCUCUUAUCCUCCCUCCCUCUCAUCCGCCUUUCCUCUCAUCCUUCCUUCCUCUCAUCCUCCCUUCCUCUCAUCCUCCCUUCCUCUCAUCCUCCCUUCCUCUCAUCCGCCCUUCCUCUCAUCCUCCCUUCCUCUCAUCCUCCCUUCCUCUCAUCCUCCCUUCAUCUCAUCAUCCUUUCCUCUCAUCCUCCCUUCCUCUUAUCCUCCCUCCCUCUCAUCCACCAUUCCUCUCAUCCGCCCUUCCUCUCAUCCUCCCUUCCUCUCAUCCUCCCUUCAUCUCAUCAUCCUUUCCUCUCAUCCUCCUUUCCUCUUAUCCACCCUCCCUCUCAUCCGCCUUUCCUCUCAUCCUUCCUUCCUCUCAUCCUCCUUUUCUCUUAUCCUCCCUCCCUCUCAUCCGCCUUUCCUCUCAUCCUUCCUUCCUCUCAUCCUCCCUUCCUCUCAUCCGCCCUUCCUCUCAUCCGCCCUUCCUCUCAUCCACCCUUCCUCUCAUCCUCCCUUCCUCUCAUCCUCCCUUCAUCUCAUCAUCCUUUCCUCUCAUCCUCCUUUCCUCUUAUUCUCCCUCCCUCUCAUGCGCCCUUCCUCUCAUCCGCCCUUCCUCUCAUCCGCCCUUCCUCUCAUCCUCCCUUCCUCUCAUCCUCCCUUCAUCUCAUCAUCCUUUCCUCUCAUCCUCCUUUCCUCUUAUCCUCCCUCCCUCUCAUCCGCCUUUCCUCUCAUCCUUCCUUCCUCUCAUCCUCCCUUCCUCUCAUCCGCCCUUCCUCUCAUCCGCCUUUCCUCUCAUCCUCCCUUCCUCUCAUCCGCCCUUCCUCUCAUCCUCCCUUCCUCUCAUCCUCCCUUCCUCUCAUCCUCCCUUCCUCUCAUCCUCCCUUCCUCUCAUCCUCCCUUGUAUUCAGGUGCGUGUGAACCCUACCGUGCGAGAAGCCAUGUUACUAUCUGUUAG